CCUAUCAAAUCCAACACCAUCAGUUGACUGGGUCUCUCUCCAGAGUUCUGGGAUGGUGGAGCACCAACUUUAUUCUAGGGCAGUGGUCUUAGCCUUUUCUGUCUCCAAACUCUGGGGAGCUGGGAAUAAAGAGAGAAGGGAGACCAGAUCAGGAAAUCUGGAGAUGGCUAACAGGGGACCAAGCUAUGGUUUAAGCCGGGAGGUGCAGGAAAAGAUAGAACAGAAGUAUGAUCAGGACUUGGAGAAUAGACUAGUGGACUGGAUUAUUCUGCAGUGUGGAGAGGACUUAGAGCACCCACCCCCUGGCCGGACCAAUUUUCAGAACUGGUUAAUGGAUGGAACGGUGCUGUGCAAGCUGAUAAAUAGUUUACAUCCAACAGGACAAGAGCCAAUCCCAAAGAUCUCAGAGUCAAAAAUGGCAUUCAAGCAGAUGGAGCAAAUCUCUCAAUUUUUAAAGGCUGCUGAAAUCUAUGGAGUCAGGACCACAGAUAUUUUUCAGACUGUGGAUCUAUGGGAAGGGAAGGACAUGGCUGCUGUGCAGAGAACCUUGAUGGCACUGGGCAGCUUAGCUGUGACAAAAGAUGAUGGCUGCUACAGAGGAGAACCAUCAUGGUUUCACAGGAAAGCUCAGCAGAAUCGGAGAGGGUUUUCUGAAGAGCAGCUUCGCCAAGGACAGAAUGUAAUAGGCCUACAGAUGGGCAGCAACAAAGGAGCAUCUCAGUCUGGAAUGACUGGGUAUGGGAUGCCCAGGCAGAUCAUGUAAAACCCUUGGUUCCUCUUCCCCCAUAGAGAAGGAUGAAAGGUUCACAGCACGAUCUCUGUUAAAAAAAAAUGAAGAUGUAGUUAGUCACCUUCCAACC